UCCCCUCUGAUCAUCUAAUCGAAAAGAAGCCAACCAAGCCAGCAAAGCUCAAGCACCUCCCUCUCAAUCCCCUUCCGCUAGGAAAUCGCCUUUCAGCACGAUUAGUGUUGCACCCAGUUCUCUGCAACUACUCACAGAGAACCGUCAAAAUUUCCAUCCUUGAGGAUCUUGAGUUUGCGGAGGAAGAAAGCAUGGGUGCGGGAGCAAGCGCCGAGGACAAAAAGUCCAAGGAGUUGGAAAAACAACUCCAACAGGAUGCCGAUAAGGACGCUAAAACAGUCAAGCUAUUACUGCUUGGUGCUGGUGAAUCAGGGAAAAGCACCAUUGUAAAACAGAUGAAGAUUCUCCAUCAAGGUGGUUACACAAAAGAGGAACAACUGGAGUUCAGAGCGAUCGUCUAUGGCAACAUCCUGCAGUCUGCUCUGGCCAUCAUCAGAGGCAUGGAGAUGCUGGCCAUUGAUUUUGGCUCUCCCUCAGCACAGGAGGAUGCACAGAAGCUGCAGAACUUGUCAGACUCCAUUGAAGAAGGCACGAUGCCCACUGAGCUGGCUGAUGUCAUCAAGAAGCUGUGGAAAGACAGUGGUGUGCAGGCCGGCUUCGAUAGAGCUGCUGAGUACCAACUCAACGACUCUGCUGGCUACUACCUCAAUGAAAUGGACAGAAUCAGCAAGCCUGAUUACCUCCCCACCGAGCAGGAUGUGCUGCGAUCUCGAGUCAAAACAACUGGUAUCAUCGAAGAACAGUUCUCCUGCAAGGAGUUGCACUUCAGGAUGUUUGACGUGGGUGGCCAGAGGUCAGAGAGAAAGAAGUGGAUCCAUUGUUUCGAGGGUGUGACCUGCAUCAUCUUCUGCGGAGCUCUCAGCGCAUACGACAUGGUGCUGGUUGAGGAUGACGAGGUGAACCGCAUGCACGAGUCCCUCCAUCUAUUCAACAGUAUCUGCAACCACAGAUUCUUUGCACUGACCUCAAUCGUGCUUUUCCUCAACAAGAAGGAUCUGUUUGAGGAGAAGAUCAAGAAAGUCCACCUGAGCAUCUGCUUCCCAGACUAUGACGGCUCCAACACGUACGACGACGCCAGCAACUACAUCAAGUCGCAGUUUCUGGAGCUGAACAUGAAGAAGGGUGUGAAAGAAAUCUACUCCCACUUGACCUGUGCCACGGACACAAGGAACGUCGAGAUUGUGUUCAACGCUGUGACAGACAUCAUCAUAAAAGAAAACCUUAAAGAUUGCGGUCUCUUCUAAGCGGCUCCAGAGUGAAAAGAGAACUUCCUUUCCUACCUUAACCCCUCACAUAUUGGCAUUAACUGAGAGAGUACUGAUAGAGCUCAGAGCUUCCUCAGUUCGUUGUGUUCAUGCCAUCGAGUCCAUGCCAAGUCCUGGUCCCAGACUGCUCCUAGCACACCAACCAUCUCCAACAGUAGAUCCCUGCAACACAGCGCACGCCCUGCUGGGUUCAAACAACUCUAAAGUCACCAUGCUGCUGUUGUUGCCGAUGUUCAGCUCACAUAGACAAGAUUCUUCAGUUUUUCUAAAGCACAGAAUUGUCUGCUGGUUUGAAGGUUUGAAGAUGAUAUAGUUGCUCAAGCAAUCCUCGUUGCUUCUUUUUGACUGCUGUGUUGUAAGUUCUAUUUACUAUUAAAAACCAAGCUCUGUAAAUUAAAUAAAAAACAUAAUUCCUGGGGAAAAUUAUAUUUUGAAUAGCAACAUUGCAACCUUGUUUUUCGUUUUUGAGUACAGUAGUCUCUGUGGUCUUGAUAUUUAAGCUGUAAAAAGUUGCUGAGCAAAUAUCACAGAUAUUCCCAGUGCUUGCAGUAUAUCCAGAUUACAAACCAAAUUGUAAAUGUAUCUAAUCUAAAUAGUUUUAACUUAUUCAAAUCAC